UGCACCCGUGCGCAGUCUCUUCACCACUGAACCACUCCCACCACCACCACCACCUCCAACCACAGCGCACUCCGCAGUCCUCCCAACGAUGGCCGGAGUCCUGAACAUGCCUCAACCGCCGCUGCUGAGGCCAUUCUCGCGCCACCGCACGACCCUCAAGCCCUCGGUGGUUUCCGUCAGCGUCAGGGCGUCGAGUACCGACUCCCCUGAAACUUCCACGGCUACCAAGCCGCCGACUUUCGCUCCUCCCCCCGAUUUCAAGCCUCCCGAGCCGAAACGGUUCGGCGUGAGGCCGGACAAGGUCCUCGACGUCUUGGGUGCGUCUCUCGCCCUGAUCUUCCGAUUGGGCACCGGCGUUUUUGUCUCCGGGUACUCGGCAUCCUUUGCUUCCGAAAAUGAGAUUCCACCUGGCCAGUAUGCUUUAGAUAUUGCUGGUGUGAAGGUUAAGGAGACUUCAAAAUUAGGUCCUCGGCCAGAGAAGCCUAUUGAAAUUUAUGAGUUUGAGAGCUGUCCUUUUUGUCGAAAGGUUAGGGAAAUUGUUGCAGUAUUGGAUCUUGAUGUUAUAUUCUAUCCAUGCCCACGAAAUAGUCCAAAUUUCCGUCCCAAGGUGGCUCAGAUGGGCGGGAAAAAACAAUUUCCAUAUAUGGUAGAUCCAAACACUGGAGUCGCGAUGUAUGAAUCGGAUGAUAUAAUCAAGUAUUUGGUAACAAAAUAUGGUGAUGGAAGUGUUCCUGUUUUGUUAUCUCUAGGUCUUCUCACGACCCUGACUGAAGGCUUUGCUAUGAUUGGUCGCAUGGGAAAGGGUUCAUCUUACACACCCGCAAAACUACCACCAAAGCCGCUAGAGAUAUGGGCAUAUGAGGGGUCUCCAUUUUGCAAGCUUGUACGUGAAGUACUAGUGGAGUUAGAACUACCUCACCUAGUUCGCAGUUGUGCCCGUGGCAGCCCAAAACGGCAAGUUCUCUAUGAGAAAGCUGGGCAUUUUCAGGUACCUUAUUUGGAAGACCCAAAUACAGGGGUGCAAAUGUUUGAAAGUGCAGAGAUUGUGGAGUAUCUUAGAGCUACUUAUGCCCUUUAAUAAGUGGAGCUAUAAUUACAAGUAUACACACACAUGUAUUUUGCAAUUUUAGAUUGAAUUGCCUGAAACUGAUGCUUGUGGUAAGAAGCAGAAACCUGCUUCUGUUAUGUUGUAUAUAUAAGCAGCAACGUUUACUGCCCUACCUUUUGUAACUUGCUUCGUGCUUUUUCACUUUGAUCUUGGAUGAA